AUGGAGCGCGCCGCCGCCGCCGCCGCCGCCCACCCGAAGCCCGAGCGGGGCGGAGCAGCCCGGGCAGAGCAGAGCCCCGCUGCGGCGCAGAGGGCCGCCAUGCAGCGGGCGGAGGCCCGGCCACGUCCGCACGACCCCCCCGGGGGAGCGGGGGCCAGCCCGCCGCCCCCUGGAGCCGCCGAAAGCCCCGCCGGGCUGAGCCUGGAACCAUCCCUCUACACCAUCAAGGCGAUUUUUAUCUUGGACAGCUUUGGGCAAAGACUUUUGGCCAAGUAUUACGAUGACACAUUUCCAACUACGAAAGAACAGAAGAUCUUCGAGAAAAACGUCUUCAACAAAACUCACAAAACUGACAGUGAGAUUGCUUUCUUGGAAGGCCUAACUAUUGUCUAUAAAAGCAGCAUCGACCUCUUUUUGUAUGUAGUGGGCAGCUCCCAUGAAAAUGAGCUGAUGCUGAUGUCGGUUCUCAGCUGUCUCUUUGAAUCCCUCAAUCACAUGCUCCGAAAAAAUGUGGAGAAGCGGACCCUGGUGGAGAACAUGGACGGGGCAUUCCUUGUGGUGGAUGAGAUCGUUGACGGAGGCGUGAUCCUCGAAAGUGAUCCCCAACAAGUUAUGCAGAAUGUGAAUUUUAGGGUGGAUGACAGUCCUUUAUCAGAGCACAGUGUCACUCAGGUUCUGCAGUCGGCCAAAGAACAAAUUAAAUGGUCCUUAUUAAAAUAAACAUCCAGAAUAAAAGAA